AUGGGUGGCAAAGGGCAAGCCGGAUAUCGCCAAGCCCCCUAUAGCAUCAACCCCUUCAACAUUCGUAUCUCUCUGCACUGCACCUGCCUCUCCCACAACCACAAUUCCGCAGCCCCCUCUGCCCCACUGCACGGGAAUCGCCCCCCCACAGCGCAGCCGCACUGCUCACCCACGGCGCACCUGCUUCUCCCACGCCAACGUCUGCCCCACGGAUCACUGCCUUUACACCACCCUCCUCCCAGCGCUGCACCUGUUGCUCCUAUACUGACAUCUGGCCCGCGGAUUAGUGGCCUCAUGGUGUGGCCGCACAGUUCUCACCCUUGCACUAUCCCUUCUUCUCCCCUACCCACCUCCUCCAACCCUUCCCCUGUCUGUCUUCCCACCAGCUCCGCACUGCACCUGCUACUCCAGCACUGGUUCCUGGCCCGAAUUUCUCGCCCCUGUUCAACCAUGCAGGCAGAGGCUGCUGACGUGGCGGAGGUGGGCGAGAGGCGCAAAUGGCGUUGGCGGCAGCAGUGGCAGCGGCGGGAAGCACGGGGAAGAGGGCGGGAAGGGGGACGAAGGGUUCGUGAAGGGAGUCUGCUCAUGGGGCUGGCGGGCAGUUGA